AUGGCAUUUGAUCUCCCGGUCUGUCAAAACGUUGUGAUUUGCUCGCAAGCUCAAACUGAAAACGACCCUGUUUGCAUGAUUGACCUGAUCAAUGGAAAGCCGGCAGUAGAGCUUGACAGGAUGACUUGUCGUCUUCAGCUUUGUACCUUUGAUGGCGUUGAGUACCAUCGACUGCGACCGUCCAUGUUUGAGAACACGAACAUCGUCUCUACCUGGACGGUGAAUGGAGUGACGGAGACUUCUGCUGAUUGGGAAUACAAACUCAGGGUCAUUGACAUAGAUGGUAUAACAGCAGGCGAUACCAUCUCCGUUCAAGCCUCGCUCAGCGACGAGAAAGGCUUUUUUAAUAGCUUGUUGAGUUGUCAGGGAUGUCCAACGCUGGAUCGGAAACCGCUCUUUAUCGAUGCAUCAAAUUCAAUAGAUCCUGACUGCGUGAUCGCGAACCCAAGUGACUACUGUUCCGAGCAGAGCAUUCUCUAUUCCUGGUCCUGCCAAGUCACCACCGCCGAGAUGAUUCUCGUGGAAGACCUGACCACGACCUGCAAUAAUCUCAUUGCUGACGCUUACGAUGUCAUUCAGGACGUGUGCCGCACCGACUUCGAAACUAAUCAACCAGCCACCGAGUUCAAACAUAAUUGUCAGCUGUCCAAGUAG